AACUCUUUGUAUCAUAAGCGACCAUUCUUUCCGUCACAAACAUGGCGCUCAACUUCGUGGCCCAGGUGCACCCUGUGGUGUUUUUUAGCAUUGUCGAUUCCUACGAAAGACGAAAUCCAGAUGCCCAUCGUGUAAUCGGCACCCUACUAGGAACCGUUGGCGUAGAUAAGGGUGCCGUAGAGAUUACAAAUUGCUUCUGCGUUCCUCACAAUGAAUCCAAAGAAGAGGUCGCAGUGGAACUGGACUUUGCUAAAGACAUGUACGAGUUACAUCGCAAGGUGAACCCCAGCGAGGUCAUAGUUGGAUGGUGGGCAACUGGUCAUGAAAUCACAGACCACUCACUCCUUAUCCAUGAUUAUUAUUCACGAGUGACAAGCAACCCAAUUCACCUCACUGUUGAUACAACUUUACAUGGAGGUCGCAUGAACAUUAAGGCCUAUGUAAGUGCUAGCAUGGGUGUUCCAGGACGUACUCCAGGCACAAUGUUUGCCCCAAUUCCUGUGUCAACUGUCUCCUAUUCUCCAGAGAUUGUUGGAACUAAUGUUGCUCAGAAGAGCAAGUACAGCAGACCUAGAAUAGUAGACCCAACCUCAGAUCUUCAUCAGAUAUCAGAAGCUACAACGAACAUGGAAUCUGCUUUGGAUAUUCUUAUUGCUUACGUAGAUGAUGUCCUAAGUGGGAAAGUUCAGGCAGACAAUUAUAUUGGUCGUGAGCUGACAAAGAUUGUGAACAGGGUUCCUAAGAUGUCUGCACAUGAUUUUGAGGAGAUGCUGAACACAAACAUGAAGGAUCUGUUGAUGGUGAUGUAUCUCUCUCAGCUUACCAAGGUGAAUGUGAGCCUGAAUGAGAAACUUACAAUGCUGGUUGCAACCCAGUAACCUUGAGUGAGAAUUAACUACUGAAAAUGCUUUGCAAUUGUUGGCUGGCAAGAUGGUAUCUGAUGUGACACUGUCAGCAAGAUGUUAAAUUAAAACUAGUUCAGUGCUAUGUUUUGGAAAAUAAACUUAAAGGUGACGUCA